AUGUUUGAAUAUUAUGCAAUAGGAAAAGAAUCAAAUAAAAUUCAUGAUAUUCAUAAAUACCUUUUAGCCAUCUGCAACAAAAAAAUGGUUGAUAAAUUAGUUAAAAACAAAAAUAAAGAUUAAAGGGUCAGCACUUCUAUUGAAUAAAAAACAAGGCCUUCAUUUAGUUAUCGUUCUAAAGAAAAAUGUAAGGUGACAUUAUACAUUAGAUCCAACUUUAAUAGGAGCUCAAUAUAAAUAUUUUAAAGCACAACCAAAAAGGAAACAAAUUUAUUUAAGCGCACUACAAAAUGAUUAAUCUGAAUCUACUCCAAGAUUGAAAGCUAACUCUCUAAUUUAGGAAUAAAAAAUUGAAAAUUAGAUGAACUCAACUAGAGCUAUUUAAACAGCAUAUUAUCAAAUGGAGAGAAAUAUCUCAAAUUAGCAUACAGAUAAAACACCUAAAAACUAUUAUCUACCUAAAUGUGAUAGUAAUUGGAUUAUCCAUUUAAAAAGUAUCAGAUCAAGAAAAGAAUAGUUAUGA